CUGGAACCCRCCGUUCCCCGACAUGCGGCCAGUUAUGACACUUAUCGCGGGUGACGACCAGAAAAACCUGGAUUUUCUUCAGGCACUCAAUCAAUCGCAGAUCGGCUACGAAAUAACGGCCGAAAAUUUYCAGACCCUCAUAGACGGGGAACGGGAGGAAAAUGAUCGAAACCGRCGCCGUUUUCGCCAAUUGUUUGAUUAUCAAUCAACCUAUCAUUCGUACGACGAUAUUGUCGGUGAACUGUCCAAAGUUGGCCGAAACAACUCCAGGGCUGUCUAUAAUACUAUUGGAAAGUCCUACGAGGGUCGGCCUAUACCAUCCAUAACCAUAGCUGAUAAUAUUAGCAGCACCGGUACCAAAAAGAUAGUCWUACUUGAGUGCGGUAUUCACGCCCGUGAAUGGAUAUCGCCGGCUUCGUGCUUAUGGAUAGCAAACAAUCUGUUAACCGAUWCGACUAAUGAGGAACUCCUACGUAGAUUUGAAUUCAUAAUUAUACCGACACUYAAUCCCGAUGGGUAUGUCUACAGUCAUUCAGUCAAUMGGAUGUGGCGUAARACACGAUCGCCACAACAGGGCGGCCAUAUGGGUGCCGAUCCUAACCGAAAUUUUGACUCGCAUUUCGGCCAGUCGGGUGUCCAGCGAGACCCGAGUGGCGAGUCCUAUCCGGGACCGAAACCGUUCAGCGAACUGGAGACCCAGGCACUGGCCAAUCUGGUAAUGUCCAAAAAAGGCCGAAUUGCGGCCUAUUUUGCUGUCCACUCGUUCAGUCAGCUAUGGAUGUAUCCGUACGGCUAUACUAUGGUACCGCCGGCCAACUAUGCCCAACUGGAAAGACUGUCUACCCGUGCCGUAGAUGCUAUCCGAGCCACUAGUGGACUGGUAUUCAAUAAGGGAACCAUUGCCCGGACAAUAUAUAAAGCAUCAGGCUCAAGUAUUGAUUGGGCCUACGAUACAGCCGGCAUUAAAGUAGCAUUUGCAUUGGAACUAAGAGAUAAGGGUCGUCACGGUUUUAUGUUACCGCCCGGUCAUAUACGUGCCUCGGCUACCGAACUAUGGGCCGGUAUUAAAGCAGUUAUAAGUCAACUGUAA